UGAACCCGAAGUAUCACCCAUAGGCUUACUUAAGAAAAAGGUGGAUAGCAUGGUCAGUCUGAACACUGGAUUCUGAUUGGCUGGCAGCUCUUUCGCUUAAGAAAGCCAUCAUCAUCAGCAAGAAAUAGUGGACGCCAACGUGGUCUCUUUGAGUGAACUUGAGCAAAAUCCUUAUCACAAAGACCACGUUUUUGAAGAGGAAGAGGAAUUGACAGAACAAAUGGAGUCAGCGAUGGAAAAGGUGAAAGAUGAGCAAGAGGAGUGGGGAAAACAACUAGAGUUAGACAUGGAAAAGCUGAAAGAUGAAGAAGAGGAGUUGGCAGAACAACUGGGGUUAGACUUUGAGUUAGCGAUGGAAAAGGCAAAAGAUGAGCAAGAGGAGUGGGGAAAACAACUAGAGUUAGACAUGGAAAAGCUGAAAGAUGAAGAAGAGGAGUUGGCAGAACGAAUGGGGUUAGCCUUGGAGUUAGCGAUGGAAAAGGCGAAAGAUGAGCAAGAGGAAUGGGGAAAACAACUAGAGUUAGACAUGGAAAAGCUAAAAGAUGAAGAAGAGGAGUUGGCAGAACAACUGGGGUUAGACUUUGAGUUAGCGAUGGAAAAGGCAAAAGAUGAGCAAGAGGAGUGGGGAAAACAACUGGAGUUAGACAUGGAAAAGCUGAAAGAUAAAGAAGAGGACUUGGCAAAACGAAUGGGGUUAGCCUUGGAGCUAGCGAUGGAAAAGGCGAAAGAUGAGCAAGAGGAGUGGGGAAAACAACUAGAGUUAGACAUGGAAAAGCUGAAAGAUAAAGAAGAGGAGUUGGCAGAACGAACGGGGUUAGCCUUGUAG